AUGCCAGACAAGUAUUCCAAUUCAAAUGAAUGCCAUUGUUGUCCUACUAAAUUAACUCCUUCGGCCAAACACACCACAUCGCAAUCACAUGUCAGAAAAAAUAGUUCCACUCAAGCAAACAACAUUGGUCUUUUGGGAGACCAUCUUCUAGGGUAUAAAGUCGGUCGAAAUACUUCUGAGGGAAGAAAGAUUUCCGAAUAUUUGGAUUUUUUAAUGAUGCUUUUAGCCUUAUUAAAAAUUUACCCAAUUUUGGAAAUCAGAAACCCAGGCUGUCUGGGGUCAUUCCAAAAUUUCAAAAGCAUGUCUGCAUUUUCCUCAUUUGUAGCACAUUCGUCGAGACGGAAUGCCAUUAAAAGAGAUAAUGAGGUGGUCAUCAGAAGUGUAGUUUUAUGCUCUCCAAAAGUACACUCCUUAAAUGAAAGUUUCUGUGAACUCAUUUUGAAGCACGAGAAGUAUGAAGGGGAAUGCAAUUGCAGAACUCCCAGUGGUGGAAAGGAAGCUGAAGUAAGUGAAGAAGGAGAGGAAUUAUCAUGCGAAAAUUCGGUCGUUGGAAAGCAACGUCAAGCCUUAAUUAAUACUUAUCAAAUGUUUCUCCUUAAUCCAGUUCACAAGCGAAAAUCACAAGCGGUCAAAUUAAGGCUCAUUUAUUGUCAAUUGCAUCAUCGUGCUGAAGAUUGCACACUUUUCGAGUCUCCUGUUGUACAGUUAAAGUACCCAGUCUUGCACAAAAUUUGGCCACUUGAACACAAACCACAGCUAAGUUCUCGAUUUUUGAGUAAAAAAGAGGUUGCUCUCAAAAAGCGGUCACUUUUUAUCGAAGUAAUAAUCAAGGGAGUUUUGAAGGCAACUUACAUCUUUAAAUGGUCCAGGAUUUACUUUUUUAUUAACCUAACUUCAAAAUGUAAAAAUUUGCAAAAUAUGAUUUUAGAUAAUUUGUAG